AUGGCAUCCACACAAGCAGGAGGAACAACUUCAUCAACAGCUAGUGCUGCAGCAUCUGGUAUGUAUGGUGACGGUGCUGCAGCCAACUGCAUCCAUCAAGACCAAAUGAACGCACUUAGCUGCAGCAUGGAUCCCCGAUCUGCCUCCCCAGCACUGCCACCUCCACCCCCACUGCCACCCAGUUUCCCAGGCAUUUAUGAAGGGACCUCUGAAGAGGAUGAAUUCCCAUUACCUCCACCCAUAAUGGAGGACAGUGGCAGCAGCAGAGGUGGUGGUGACACUUCAAGUGGUCCUCCACAACCACCCCCACCCCCACCCCCACCCCUGGAAGUGUUCAAUGCCAUCAUUGUAGGUGGCAGCAGCAGUCCGCUGCGUCGUGGGAGUGGUGCCAGCAGCAGUGCCAGCACCAACAGUGCACAGUUCACACCACCACCUCCUCCUCCACCAUUGUCCUCUUCACCUCCUCCACCACCACCCCCUCCGUCCCUCCUCCAACCGGACAACAGUACUAACUCAAUCUACUGGAGGGAUACUUCUGAAGGGUCACCAUCACCUGCUGCUUGUGUUACUAGCGCCUCUACCCCUACUACCGUUGAUGCAUCCACUAAUCGGACUCCAACGCCCCCACCUAGUCCCCAAGCUGCUACUACCUAUUCUACUACUUCCACCUCUACUAGCACUACUCCUCCUACUACCAAGCAUGUUACUACUACUACAACUCAAACAACCUGUGCUGACAAGUCGAUCCAGGCUACUUUACCUGAUCCACAUUAUUCUGCUGAAAUCUAUAUGCAAUCUGCAUUUUGUCCCAUUGCAGCUCUUUCCAUGGAGAGUCCACCACCCCCACCACCGCCGCCUCCACUAAUGGUUAAUGGCAUCGCACCUUCACCUCCUCUGCCACCUCCACCACAGCCCCCAUCAGCACCAUCAGAAGGACCAGAACAGAGAACCCUUAUUAACGGCAGCUUUGUUGGAGAUGGACAAAUACAGGACUCUACAGACGAAGAGAGUCGACGGCAUCAGAUGUCAUCUAGCAAUGGUAUUAUACAAAAUGAAAAAGUUGUUGAGCAGUCAAAGAUGGACCUGCCAAAUUUGCCUCUGAAUGGCAUGGCUGAGUCUGCUAAGCAUUUAAUGUCAAAUGAUGUCCAUGAUAGUAAAAUAAGAGAUAGUUCCAAAGAAGCAAACCGACGGUCACAACAUUCUGGAGAUAUGUCCCCAGAAAUGAUUGAGAGUUAUACAAGCACUGGUUCCACUGAACAAGAUCAAGUCUACUAUGACAUUGUGGAAUAUGCUGAAAAACAUUUCAAUGAUCAUAUUAAGGAGUCUGCUGGUACUGUUAUGAAGUCUUUAAAAAAGAGAAAGUCCAUGCAGGAUCUGCUCUCCAAAGAUGAAAUGUUAAGAUAUAGCAAGACAGGCGUUAUUGUCACUUCACACAUUCAUCUUCAUGAUGCUGAAAAUAUUCAUCUAGCCUGUUCUUUAUUCAAGGAACUAACAAAGUACAUUCGUGGUGAAGAAACCAAUUCUGAUUCUGUGAUACAGUUCUUACAGAACUAUGUAAGGUAUGGACUUGAGAGGAUUGAACUCAGGGAUGAACUUUACUGCCAAACAAUUCGGCAGACUCACAAAAACCCUGAGCCAGAAUCUCUUGUGAAGGCAUGGGGUGUAAUGUGCUUGUGUUCUGCUGCUUUCUCUGCUAGUAAAACAUUGCACAAGUAUGUGGUCUCUUAUGUAAGAAAGCAUCUUGGUGAUCCAACUGUUGGGAAAUAUGCAAAAAUCUGUUUUUCCCAAUUAAGAAAACCAAGAGUUAUGGCCAGGAAAUACCCACCUUCAGCAAUGGAGAUUCUUAGUGUACAGAUAUUAAGUCCUUUAGUUUGUAAAAUACAUUUCAUGGAUGAAAAGACAAAAGCAGUCCAUGCUAUGCCCUGUGACACAACAGCAGAAAUUCUUGAGAAGGUGGCACAAAAAAUUGGUCUCCAGUCUGUUGAAGGCUGGGCACUUUAUGAAGUUACAUCUGAGCAUGAAAGGUUUAUUCGAGGAUAUGAGUAUGUAGCUGACAUAUUGGCACAGUGGGAUCAACAAAAACAUUUAACAAACACACCAAGCAAAAGUGAUUCUUUAUCAAAAAAAAGUAACAAAAUUAUUUUGGAGAGUUCUGAUUGUCGAUUUGUUUUUCGAAAGCGAGUUUAUCGUCAUGUGCAUGAUAUUCCAAAGGAUCCAGUUGAGUACCAUUUGCUUUUCGCAGAAGCAGUGCAUAAAGUUGUUAAGCUGGAUGAAUUCUUAGUCUCUGAAAAAGUGGCACUCCAGCUGGCAGGAUUACAGGCACAAGUUAUUUGGGGAGAUUAUCAAGAUAACAAAGACUUCAGAUAUGAAGAAGCAAAACAAUAUUUAUGUGAACGUAUUUUGAAGGAAGAACCAGAUAAAGACUGGGCAGAGGCUAUUGCUGAAGCACACAGGCAUUAUGGAUCAGGCAAAUCUGAAAUUGAAGCCAACGUUUGGUACUUGACUUGUGUGAAGCAGUUCCCACUUUAUGGAUGUACUAUAUUUUCCAUUAUACACAAAGGACUGUGGUCACACACCAGUGAUUCACUGUUGGCUGUCAACAUGGAUGGUAUAAAAUUUAUUCGUUCCAGAGACAAGACUGUGAUCCAUGAUUUCAAGUACUCAGACAUUGAGACAAUCACUUUGGACCCUAAUGACAACUAUAUCACUUUGGAACUGUUCAAUGACAGUGGACUAGGUUGCACUCAGCGGUGUUUCAUGUUUGAAACUCUGUAUAAAGAAGAUAUAGGUCAUUUGAUUGAGAGCUAUUCCCCAUCACAUGCUACAUGGCUUCGACCAGAGUAUGAUAGUUGGAAGAAGAUGCGUAUGUCAGAUGAAGAGAAACUGAAAUUAUAUGAAGAAGUUGUACGAACUCGUAAGAAGUUAAUAGAGAGCAACGUUCUUCAACGUCCUCCACCAGAAGGAGGAGCAAACUUCUUUAAAUCUACUUUAAGAAAGCUAACAAAAACAAAAAUUGAAUAUUUACGGCAGUAUGCAGAGGCAAGUGGGCAUGACCAGUUUAGUGCUGGGUAUUGGUCAUAUUGCAAGCUUCCACCAAAACAGGCAAUGAUGACAUUUAAAGAACAAUUCCUGGAAGAAAUGGCUGUCAAGUUUGCAGGCAGUGUGCUGGCAUAUUCAGGAGUUGAAGACAAUGUCAGUGAUAUUAGUGAACAGACUGAACUAAUUCAAACAUUUGUACAGCGCUGUAUGGAAUGUAUAUUCUUAUGUGAUGAGUUGUACUUGCAAGCAAUCAAGCAAACAACUGACCACCCAGAACCAAAUAGCAAUGUGAACAAGAGAAAUUGGCAGAUCUUGUCCAUAUUGACAAGUACUUUAGUGCCAUCUAAUAUCAUGAUACUUAAGUACCUGCAAGUCCAUCUACGGAAAUGUGCCAUGGAUACAGCUACAGAAGAAGGCAAGUUUGCUCGGAUGGCUUAUAAAAGCUUAAUGAGAACACUUGAAAAGAAGACAAGAAAGCUGCCACCAUCUUGUAAAGAAAUAUAUUGUAUUGCCCAAAGGAAACCUAUAGCUGAACGCAUAUAUUUUUUGAAUGGAGAACAAAGAAUUGUAGAAUUUGAUUCUGCAGCCACUUGUGGCGAAAUAAUAAAAACAGUGAAAGCUAAAAUAGGCAUGCGCUCUGAUGCAGAAUGUUUUGCUCUCUAUGAGUACAUUGGUACUACAGAACGCAAUAUGUCUUCGGAAGAACGCCUUUCAGAUACUGUCAGCAAAUGGGAACGUCUGAUGAAGACUGGCUCCAGUAGAGAUCCUAGACUUAUGUUUAAGAAACGUUUAUUCAUUGAACCUUACACAAACACUAAUGAUGCUGUUGAAUGUGACCUAGUCUUCCAUCAGCUAGUUGAGGACGUCUUUGAGCAAAGAAUUCCAAUCUCACCACAAGAUGCUGUUCGACUCUGUGCCCUGAAGCUCCAGUCUGAAAAUGAGGAUAUUCGCAGAGGAGAAACUGAUUACAGUUCAGUGAUGAGAAUACUGCCACGUGAUAUGCGGCCACAUGUGAACGUUGAAGAAAUUUCUGCUGCAUACAAGGCACUCAAUGAUGUUUCACCCCAGCAAGCUAUCAUGUCGUUUAUUCAGUUGCUGAAAAAUUGGCCACUUUUUGGUUCAACAGUAUUCGAAGUUUCUCAAUCGUAUACAUCAAGUUUACCAAAGACAUUGCUUCUUGCUGUACAUGAGCAUGGUAUCCACUUUUUGGAAAUCAAAACAUUUAAAGUGAUCUCUUCAUUUCCUUAUUCUGAAAUCGCCCAUUCCAGUCCUUCCCUCACCAGCAUUAUGAUUGUCAUUGGACAUGUUGCUAAAGGAUCAAAAUAUAUGUUUAAUACUAACCAAGCUACACAAAUUUCUCAGCUCAUCAAAGACUAUGUUGAAGAACUGAGAUAUCGUUCUUUCUCCAUGCAAGCAAGCUCUCACCAUCAGUCUAUAACAAAAUAUUUGGGAGUCUAUAAAUCUCUCUCUCUCUCUCUCUCUCUCUCUCUCUCUCUCUCUCUCUCUCUCUCUCUCUAUCUAUCUAUCUACAUUCAUCUGCGAAUAUUUUUGUUCAAACGGCCACGUGACUCAUCGAAAACUCGUCAAAAAGUAUCCACGAGUGAGAGACGACCUGCGGACAUCGAGUUGGGAAGACGUGUUAUUACACAUCUGACUCUCACUCUCUCUCUCUCUCCCUCUCUCUCUCUGCACAUAAGCUUCAACCGUCUAGACUUCGGCAAUAGACCUUUUCAUAGUCAAUUCGUUUGCCGAAGCUACCUUCCAUCAUAUACACGGUUUUUUAUUGCUUGCUGCUGGUCAGUCAGAUCCAGUGUGCUUACCGAGUCGAUGCACACGAACGAGCAAAACGCUAUGUUUUCAACUCAGAAGUACCUUUGGAACGUCGCCAGUUGGAUGAGAAUCACAUAG